UGGAAAAGGAAAUGACAAAGGAGGUGGGGAAGAAAACAAUGAAGGGGUGGCAGGAGACAAUGGAGGAGGAGAAGAAAACAAAGGAGUAGUGGAAAAGACUAUUGAAGGAGUGGAAUUAGACAAUGGAGGUGGAAAAGGAAACAAGGGAGGAGGAAAUGGGAACAAAGGAGGAGGGAAAGAAGAUAAAGGAGGAGGGAAUGGGAACGGAAAUAAGGGAGGAGGGAACGGGAAAGGCAAGGUAAAAAAAUUUUUUUGAAUGACAAAAGUCGUAACUCGAUUUCGAAAACUUCGGUUCCCCUAAGGUACAAUUGAGAUCUGAUUGUAUUAUCAGAACAAACCCAUUUUCUUCAUUAAUUAAAUUUAGCAGAAAAAAUUGAUUAAUGGGGUCGAUGCCGACUAUUAUGCGCCAGAUGAUGCUGAUGGAUAUUCUCCAGCAGCUAAACGGAGAAUUAUGCGGUAUUGUACAGAAAAUCAGAACGAUCCAGAAUGUAAGCCUGAAUACAUUAUAAGUGAAGGAGAAAUACCUGAAGCACCUUAUGGUCCAGGUAAAGGGAAAGGCAAAGGCAAAAAAGUGAGUUUGUCAAGAAUUAAAAAUUUUCAAAGAAUUUUUCUAGUUUCCAAAAUUCAAAAAGAAUGCCAAAAAGCCACCAAAAAAGCACAAAAUAAAAGAUCCCACAGAGGGGCUUCCAAACAAAUAUAA